AUGUCAAGGUCAGCAACACCUUCAUUGCCUUUGCAUAAUGCAUCAAACACGGACUCUCUGCUGCGGCCCCCCUCCACAACACCUAUACCCGGACGGCCAAAUGCUCCAUCAUCGACAUCGACCGCAACAUAUUCGUGGCUUGAGCCUCAUGAAACUGCCGAGCGACUACGAACGUCCCUUUUACACGGCUUGACACCCGCGGAGGCCGAGGUACGCUUAGCAAGAGAUGGACCGAACGAGCUCCCUCACGAAGAGCCGGAGCCUCUGUGGCUGCGAUUUCUCAAACAGUUCAAGGAGUCGCUCAUUCUCCUUCUCCUCGGCUCCGCUGGGAUCUCAUUUAUCAUGGGGAAUUACGACGAUGCCCUCAGCAUUACUCUGGCAGUGACAAUUGUUGUAACCGUCGGCUUUGUUCAGGAGUACCGGUCGGAGAAAUCGCUAGAAGCAUUGAGCCGCCUUGUACCCCAUUACGCCCAUUUGAUCCGUGAUGUCCCAAUGGCUUCUUCUAUGGCAGCUGAGAAUGGCGGUACACCGCCACUCGAUUCCGGCGUUGAGAUGGAGGAGAUCCGGAGCAGAAGCCCAGGCUCUGCCUCUGCCGCGGUCAAGGCUUCGUCGACCGUCCCCGCGAACGAACUCGUCCCUGGAGACUUGGUUCUCUUUACGACUGGAGAUCGUAUCCCCGCCGAUAUUCGCAUCACUGCUGCAACAGAUCUCAGCAUUGACGAAUCCAAUCUGACCGGAGAAAAUGAGCCUGUGGCGAAGUAUGCGGAAGCUCUUCGCAGCACAGCUAGCGGAACUACUUUAGCGCAAAAGGGGAUAGAACCACCCAGGUCCCCGUUUUACGAUGCACCGGCUACUGGUGCUGUUGGCGCUGAUAUUCGGUUGAACGAGCAGCACAACAUUGCAUUCAUGGGUACCCUUGUCCGGUCUGGUUACGGCCAGGGUAUCGUUAUCUCGACUGGCGCAAAGACGGAGUUCGGCGCUAUAUCAGUUUCGCUGCAAGAAAUUGAGAGCCCCCGAACACCGUUGCAGCUGUCCAUGGAUCGCUUGGGCCAGGAACUUAGCUACAUGUCAUUCGGUGUCAUCGGACUGAUCGUGGUAAUCGGUCUUAUUCAAGGUCGCAAAAUUCUGGAGAUGUUCACAAUUGGCGUGUCCCUGGCUGUUGCUGCAAUUCCAGAAGGUUUACCUAUCAUCGUGACCGUCACGCUUGCUCUCGGUGUUCUACGCAUGGCUAAGAGGGGCGCAAUCAUGCGAAGACUACCUAGCGUGGAGACUCUCGGAUCUGUCAAUGUUGUCUGCUCGGACAAGACCGGCACCCUCACCCUCAACCAUAUGACAGUCACCAAAAUGUGGCAUUUCGACUGCGCCGAACCUUUCGAGGUGCAAAGAGACAUGACCUCCGUGAUUGCGCCUGGUCCCGCAGCGCAGACAAUCCUUCGUGUCGGUAAUAUUGCCAACAACUCUCGUCUAUCACGGAUUCACGCAAAUUCGCCAGCCAGCGCAUCUUCUGCGGCAGUACUCUCCUCGACCGUCAACAGCGAUUCGGCUGCUGCCAAGAGCCGGUGGGUGGGCCAACCAACCGAUGUGGCCAUCUUGGAUCUACUCGAUACUUUGGGGGAAGAUGAUGUGCGUGAUCGUAUCAGCGCUCGCGUUCAUGAGACUCCGUUCAGCUCGGAGCGGAAGUGGAUGGGUGUUGUUAUCGGCAGCUCUGGUUCACAUGGAGGUUCUCAUGUCGCUUAUAUCAAGGGUGCUGUCGAACAGGUUCUAGCACGAUCCGACACCUACCUCACCAAGGACGGUCGCGAGGUUAUUUUAGAUGAACCCCGCCGUACCGUGAUUCGAGAAGCGGCUGAACGGAUGGCAUCGGAGGGUCUGAGGGUCCUCGCUUUCGCCAGCGGGGCGAUUCGGGAUACGUCCAGGGGUAGCAGAGGCUUUGGCAGCCGGUCCCCGAGACUUACUCAGGGCGAUGGGGACGAGAGGUACAAUGGUUUGGUCUUUGCUGGGCUUGUCGGUAUGAACGACCCGCCGCGUAAAGAUGUGCACAAAUCUAUUCGACGAUUGAUGUCUGGUGGAGUCAGAAUCAUCAUGAUUACCGGUGAUGCUGAGACAACAGCUGUUGCCAUUGCGAAGAAGCUUGGGAUGCCAGUUAGUGAUUCACCGAGUGCACGUUCUGUUAUCCGAGGCGAUGAACUCGACCGGAUGACUGCGGCUGAACUUGCUCAAGCGAUCUCCACGGUCUCGAUCUUCGCCCGUACCAGUCCAGAUCACAAGAUGAAGAUUGUGAAAGCACUUCAAGCACGCGGUGAUGUGGUCGCCAUGACCGGCGACGGUGUCAACGACGCACCCGCUCUGAAGAAGGCCGACAUCGGUAUUGCUAUGGGCAAGCUCGGCACUGACGUUGCCAAGGAGGCAGCGGACAUGAUUUUGACGGACGACGAUUUCUCGACUAUUUUGCGGGCGAUUGAACAGGGCAAGGGUAUCUUCUACAACAUUCAGAACUUCAUCACGUUCCAGCUCAGCACAAGUGUAGCUGCACUCUCUCUUGUGCUACUGAGCACCAUGCUUGGCUUCAAGAACCCGCUGAAUGCUAUGCAGAUCUUGUGGAUAAACAUUCUCAUGGACGGCCCGCCCGCCCAAUCCCUCGGCGUCGAGCCCGUCGACCCGACCAUCAUGAACCGCCCACCCCGCCCCAAAACAGCCCGGGUCCUAACAAGACCUCUCAUCCAGCGGGUGCUCACCUCAGCCGCGAUUAUCAUGGCCGGAACACUGGCAAUCUACAUUCAUGAAAUGGGCGACAGCACCGACGGCACCCCCAUCGCAAAGCGCUCCCGCGUCGUCACCGCCCACGACACCACCAUGACAUUCACCUGCUUCGUCCUGUUCGACAUGUUCAAUGCGUUAACCUGCCGCAGCGAGGGCAAGUCCAUCCUCCGCGGCGAAAUGCCCCUCUUCGGAAACAAGAUGUUCAACUACGCCGUUCUCGGCUCCUUGGCCGGCCAAGCCUGUGUCAUCUACCUGCCCUUCCUGCAACGCAUCUUCCAGACAGAGCCUCUCACGUUUGGCUCCUUGGUCAAGCUGGUCUGCAUCGCUAGCUCUGUGUUCUGGGCCGAUGAGCUUCGCAAGUAUCUGCAGGCGAUGCGUCGUCGGCGUGGUGUGGGGUCUGGGUAUAGUGUCAAUGUUUGA